GGGGCCCUAGUGGGUAGCUGAGAUUUCUUCCCGUAAGUUUAACUCUGUCCUUCGGCAUGAUGGAUUUGCUUUCGGAGAUUCGGAGUGAAGCGUUUGUGGAGGAAAUGUUGUUUUUAAGGGAAAUGAAUAGAAAUAACUCGUUUUGAAGAAAUCAUGGCAAAAUCAAACACAAAACAUAGAAUUUGUUCUCGGGAAUCUUCAAUAUCUUCUCUUCUAGCAAGCUGCAGCCUGAGUGGUAGAGAUUCCUCUAACUCCGAUGGCUCUUUUCAGUAUAAAGAUAAACUCUAUAGUUCUGCUUCACAGGCUCUACAAGCCUAUAUUGAUGAUUUUGAUCUAAGCCAAAUAUAUCCUGGUGCAAGCACUGGACAAAUUAAUAUUGACAAGGAUUCUACAAAUAUGCCACAGUUCUCCAACUAUAUCUAUAAAGCACACAAUGCUUUUGAAAAUUCUAAUCACAAAAAGCACUCCAACUCCGUAUCCUCUAGAAGACAGACUAUGAAUGAUAUAGACUCUAUUAGCCUAACAACUGAUGAUCUACUAAAACUCCCAGCAGAUGGAUCAUUUUCUUUCACUUAUGUUGGACCUGGUCACCGAAUGAACAAAAAAACCAAGAAAUGCUUUGAAAGACUGAGUUCAUUGAACACAGAAAAGAAUCCAAAUUUUCACGAACCUUCCACACACAUGGACAAGGAUAACUUAGUUAUUCCUGUUGUAUACACAAAUAUAAAUGGAAAUCAAUGUGGUAGGCUAAAAAACCCAAAACUUAUGAAUAGGACUAAUAAAUGCAUUUCUGAAUCAUCUGUAUCUUUUCCUAAGAAAUCAUCUUUCAAGGACAGUUCAGAACACAGUCUUGCAAAGAAUUAUCCAAGAUGGCUCACUAGCCAGAAAUCUGACCUUAAUGUUUCAGGGAUUACUAGUAUACCUGAUUUUAAAUACCCAGUCUGGCUCCACAAUCAAGACUUGCUACCUGAUGCAAGUAGUCAAAGGGUUCAUAAACUAUUUAAAGAAGAUCAGUGUUCCCCUAGACAUAGUUAUCAGGCACAAAGAACUUCUCGGCUUGUGAAUAAAUUAGAUCGUUUUGAGUAUUCUUUAGAACCCUCAAAAUUUCCAAAUUCCUUGAGUGAUAAUAAAAGAUUAGUUAAUGAAUACAAAUGUGAUUCUGAACAUAGCCAAUGUCAGUGUGAGAAUCCACUUCUCCCAGGACAAUCCAAAAAGCCAUUCAGUGGUGACAAAAUUGAAUUGCUUAUCCUAAAGGCCAAGAGAAAUCUAGAGGAGUGUACUGAAGAAUUACCAAACUCUAUGAAAAAGGAUGAUAGUCCCUGCUCAUUAGAUAAACUGGAAGCAGAAAGAUCAUGGGAAAAUAUUCCUGUUACUUUCAAAUCCCCUGUUCCUGUCAACUCUGAUGGUAGCCCUCAGCAAACUUCAAGGGCCAAGAACCCUAACGGGGUUCUUGAAGACUUUUUAAAUAAUGAUAAUAAGAGUUGUACCCUUUCUGGAGGCAAACAUCAUGGUCCUGUUGAAGCCCUGAAGCAAAUGUUAUUUAAUCUUCAAGCAGUACAAGAAAGUUUCAGUCAGAAUAAAACCACAGAGCCCAAAGAAGAGAUUAAGCAAGUUUUUUGGUCACAAAUGCACAUAUGCCCAGCAUGA